AUGCCGGCUCUCACUAAAUUCUUCUCUCAUUUUCACGAACUGAUCAACAUUUUAUUCUAUUCAUGGCUUCCUAAAGUACUAAGGUUUCUAGUGCUGGUUUCUCUUGUUUCAGCCAGUUUAUACGUACAGAGACAAGAAAAACACAAGUGCAGGAAAAUAAUAAACAAGAAGAGCUCUAAAUUUGUGUACAAAAAGAGGAAGUUACUGGGCUUAGCUGCUACAGAACCACAUGAUUGUGCGAUUUGCUUAUGCGAAUUCGAGCACGGAGAUAAAGGGAGGAAGAUUGAAAGUUGCAGUCAUAUGUUCCAUGAAAAUUGCUUAGAUAAAUGGUUAAUAUACGGCAAGGGUCAAGCCACGUGCCCGCUUUGCCGGAGCGCGAUUAUACCGGAAAAUAUGAUGGAAGAUCACCGGAAAGUUGAAGAUGAAGGACUGACGUUUACUAUCUUUGAGGAAGAACUUGCUCUUCUGUUGCUCUCUGGCUUGAGUAAUGGAUGUUGCACUCAAUGGCGUUUCUAG